UUCCCUUUCAAUAGGCUCUACUAGAUUAGUCUUUUCUUUACUGGACAGUAAAUAAUCUAAACCGGGUAAAAUGAUGUUAUUUUUUACCAAACUAGAAAUAUUUAAGGCACUCUUUUUGUUCUGCUAAACGGCGAUGUGGCUUAGACGUUAUCAUCAACUUUGGCUCUUUUACUUGUCCUAUGCUGUUUUUUGGUUCCUUGUUUCAAGAUCACACCAAUAAGUUACUGUUAAUUAAUUUGCUUGUAAUAAAGAAACAAAAGCUUAGAACAUCUACAAGAGACAAAAAAAUUAGUAAUAUUUGAGUGAGUAAAUGAGUAGCUUUAAACAAAGUAAAAAUAAAAAUAGAAAAAAAGUGAAAAAAAAUGGGAGAAUAGAUUGAGUGAAUGAUUUCGGAGGGCAGAGGAAAGCAGCAUCAGUGUGUUACUUCUUCUGUCAUUGUCACAUUAUACUUUCAUAGCCAUUUUCAUCUCUCAUUCUCACUUUCAUUUUUUCAUUUCAAAUUUUCUAAUUCCCUCUCAUUCUCACACAUUCUCUCUAAUGGAUGCUGCUACCUCACAACCAUUGAAGUAUCAGACAUGGCUUUUGAAAGUUUCUAUCCAUUGUGAAGGUUGCAAAAGAAAAGUAAAGAAAGUUCUACAAAACAUUGAUGGAGUAUUUACUACAACAAUUGAUCCGCAACAGCAAAAGGUAACAGUCACAGGAAAUGUUGCUGUUGAGACUCUGAUAAGAAAACUGGCCAAAGCUGGAAAACAUGCUGAGGUUUUGCCGGUGAAUCUUCCUGCAAAAGGUAAAGAUUCCAACAAAGGUAACAACAGUAACAAGAGUGAACAAAGAGACAAAGAACAAAAGAAAAACAACUCUUCAGAAAAUAGUACUGAAUCCAACCAUAGUUCUUCUGUCAAAGACAAAGUAGUUGAAAAUGCUGAAAAAUGCAUGGGUGAAAAAAACAGUAAUAAGACAAAAACUAAGGUGUCGCCGGAAAAGUCGCCGGGAAAGUCUCCGUCCAAGUCUCCGGCCAGUUGUAAGAAACCGGAGAAGGACAACAAGGCUGGAGGUGAUUCUGGGAAGAAGAAGAUGAAGAAAGUUGGUGAAACUGGAACUAAAACAAGAAACAAUGGGUUGAGUUCAGCAUCUAAUGGUGGACCUGCACACACUGGAUCAGGAUUCCAUAGUCCAGGUAAGGUUGUGGGGCAAGUGAAUCUCAGCCCUACACGUCAGCAGCAACCGUACAUGAUGUACCCAGAAACGUGUUAUCCUCCUUUGGUACAACAAUAUGCAGCAUACAACAGAUUAUGUCCCAUGGGAACAAUGGAUUGUCCUUCUUACUAUGUUCCACCAUUGCCCUACAUGUGUUCAGGCCUUGAUCGUGACUCUUAUCAGUUUCAAUCUGGACCGUUGAUUCCCUUUGAAUUGUUCAGUGAUGAAAAUGCAAAUGGGUGUUUUAUCAUGUGAUGUUGCACUUUUAGCUGGUUUUGUUUGUUCUGUUAUAGGAUAGUUUUGUUGUGUUAUGGUAAUUUUGUAAUUGAGGAAAAUUUAGCUUUUGUGUUAUGGUAAA